CCAAUUCAUCAUUCUCUAUGAUCUAACUAGUUUUUCAAUUGCUUUCUGUAGCUACGUUGAUUCAUUUUUCAUUUUUUAAAAAUCAUAAAAACGAGCAUUUAGCAUGUGAUCGUUGUUUACGAUCUGGAAUUUGAGAAUUUUAAAAUGUUGUGUGCACUCACAUUUCAUCCUAAAACUCAUAAGCCUGUUUUGUUUUGUUAAUUUGGAGGUGAAUUUGCUUAGGCGCACAUUUAAUUGUAAAAAUAUGGCAUUGGAAGCCAUAGCCGGGCUUAAGAAGCUUCUGAGUGAGAAGGUGGAAUUGGAGGGCGCCGCAGCCACCAAGGUUAAUCAGAUGUUGACGGAGCUGACGGCAAAGUCGGCCUUGGACCCGCUCGCCAGGCUUCAGGCCGGCUUCCAGCAUUUCAAGAAGGAGAAUUAUGAGAAAAAUCCUGCUUUGUACGAGGAACUAUCCCAAGGCCAAACUCCAAAGUUCAUGGUAUUUGCCUGCUCUGACUCGAGAGUAUGCCCUUCCCACAUACUGAAUUUCCAACCUGGGGAGGCUUUUAUGGUGCGAAAUAUUGCUAGCAUGGUUCCACCAUAUGAUCAGAAGAAAUACUCAGGAGUGGGAGCUGCAAUCGAAUAUGCAGUGAUUCAUCUGAAGGUGGAGAAUAUAUUAGUGAUUGGGCACAGCUGUUGUGGAGGUAUAAAGGGCCUCAUGUCCAUCCCAGAUGAUGGGACCAUUCAGAGUGAUUUCAUAGAAGAAUGGGUGAACAUCUGCAAGGUGGCUAAGGCGAAGGUGCGGAUAGAAUGCAAAGACUUGGAUUUUGGAGAACAAUGCAGUCAUCUUGAGAAGGAAGCAGUGAACGUGUCGUUGGGUAACCUAUUAACCUAUCCAUUUGUAAGGGAAGGUGUGGAGAAGAAAACUCUGUCGCUUAAGGGAGGGCACUACGACUUUGUCAAGGGAGCCUUCAAGCUCUGGAACCUCGACUUCAACCUGUCUCCUUGUCUAUCACUAUGAGCCAUACCAGCAUUGUUAAUUCAUGAUUCUUCAGAUCAAAUGUUGUAAUUUCUUGGUGUUGAAUAAAAUGAGUUUUUACUUUCAAAAUGUGUGCAUUGUGUAAACUGUAAAGUGACUUGUAAUAACAAGGAAAUGAGUUUUGAAAUGAGAUUCAACUUUUAUGCA